AUGCGAAUUAAAUAUGGCUAUUAUAGCCCUUCUGACCAACAUAACUUGGUGCUCCAGAAAGCCUUGUUGCUAUACGUAACCAAAAAUUGUGAUCUGUCCUUCUCUGGCGGCCGGUUUAAGUUAGUCGAGAAGCCUUCGGAUAAACCCCAGGGGCACAACCCUUACGAAAAAAAUUAUGACAGCUCCGAGCUCAGUCAACUUAAGGCGUUCGAGAUCAUUACGGAACCCCCGUUGAACGUUCCAGUUGAUAUAGGCAACGGUGUUACAAUCAACAUGCGGAAUAAAGCGAAUGACGAGGGUGAAGGUGGCGAAAAAGACAAAGGCUCACAAGUCUUGAAAACAACUAUCACUUUCACAGUUAGUUGUGAGGGCGGAGAUGGCAAGCAAAAAGUCGAUGCGUUUGUGGUCACCGCAUUCGAGUGGCAGACACUUGCGCGAUAUAUGUAUGUCAUGAGAGGUUCUUCUGGGAAUUCGAUUGACGAUGACGGUAAAAUGUACAAGAGAUACGAGCUAAGCGAAGAUAAGACGUUCGAUGCCAUGUUCUUCCGACAGGAAGCCGCAUUGUUGCGAUUGCUCUCACACUUUAAGAACAGGAUGGGGAAGUAUGCUAUAAGGUCGUAUCCGAAGAGGCUGACACUGUUACUACACGGUUCACCUGGCACGGGGAAGACCAGUCUGAUUAAAGCAUUGGCUCAGCACUCGCAACGACAUAUAAUUAGUAUACCUCUGGCCAGAAUCACGACUAAUCAAGAGUUGAUGGAUGUUAUGUUUGAUCAGUGCUACACUAUCAAGCAGGACGACCUACCAAUGAAGCUUAAGUUCAAGCAGGUUGUUUUCGUUAUUGAGGAUAUCGACUGUGCCAGCAAAAUCGGUUUCGCUCGCAAUAGUAAGACAGACGAGUCGGGCAGCACGAAAUCUAAUAUAGACGAGACGGUCUCAACGCUUAGUGAUCUAAUCAGCUCAAAUGGCCCAAAAACCAAGAGGGAAAGCAUGUUCACCUCUGGCAAUGAUGCGCUAAAUUUAGCGGGUCUAUUGAAUGUGUUGGACGGUAUCGUGGAUUGCGUCGACCGCAUUGUGAUCAUGACCACAAAUCACCCUGAAAACCUGGAUCCGGCAUUGAUCAGGCCUGGACGGGUAAAUUUGAAUAUAGACCUGGGAUUCAUUCGGGAUAUCGAGAGUUUUGAGAUGAUUGAGCACUUUUUCGCAUGUACCUUAUCAGAGAAGGAGAAGUCAGUCAUUUCAAGGGCGUUAGCCACGGCUGUACGAACAUUCACCCCCGCCGAGAUGGAACAACUCUGCUGUGAAUAUGACACUGUCGAAAAGUAG